UCCGUCCCGCCUGCCCAGUCAGCGCGGUGCUGCCCGCCCCGCACACGGAUCCCAGAGCCGCCGCCCAGGGGGAUGCGGGAGCCCCUGGUUCCGGGGAGCAGAGAGGCAGGCGGGGAGCUGAGGACGGCAUGUCCCAGGCCCCAGGAGCGCAGCAGAGCCCACCCUCCGUGUACCACGAGCACCAGCGCCUGGAGCUGUGCGCCGUCCACGCGCUCAACAACGUCCUGCAGCAGCAGCUCUUUAGCCAGGAGGCUGCCGAUGAGAUCUGCAAAAGGUUGGCCCCCGACUCCCGGCUGAACCCUCACCGCAGCCUCCUGGGCACCGGCAACUAUGACGUCAAUGUGAUCAUGGCCGCCCUGCAGGGGCUGGGCCUCGCCGCCGUGUGGUGGGACAGGAGGAGGCCGCUGUCGCAGCUGGCCCUGCCGCAGGUGCUGGGGCUGAUCCUCAACCUGCCGUCGCCGGUGUCGCUGGGGCUGCUGACGGUGCCGCUGCGCCGCCGGCACUGGGUGGCCCUGCGCCAGGUGGGCGGCGUCUACUACAACCUGGACUCCAAGCUGCGGCCCGAGGCCCUGGGGGGCGAGGACGGAGUCAGGGCCUUCCUGGCGGCCGCGCUGGCCCAGGGCCUGUGCGAGGUGCUGCUGGUGGUGAGCAAGGAGGUGGAGGAGAAGGGCUCCUGGCUGCAGACCGACUGAGCGGGACCCCCGCGCCACGCGCCGUCCAGCCCCGGG